AUGUUCGAGGGUGGUGGGAACUGCCGUUCUCUCCCCGGCGGGGAAGCCGUUCGGUCAGAAGGCGCUGCUGCUACGAUCUCCGCCCGCCGCGACCUAAAAGGAUGUCUUGACAUGCUAAGUAUAGAAGGGCAGUUCACCUUCGCCACAGACCAACCCCAGAUGCAUUGUGCUACAUUCUUCAUAGGAGAACCAGAGGAGUUCAUCAGCAUAGAUUUUGAUUUUGUCAACAUUGACUGUCAAGCUGGAGACUUCUUGAAGGUUUUUGAUGGCUGGAUUCUAAAGGGUGAGAAGUUUCCUAGCUCUUUGGAUCAUCCUCUCCCCACUUCUGAAAGGUAUAGAGAUUUAUGUGAAGCUGGAGCUAGCCUGACCACCAUCAGGUCAUCUCAGAAUGUUGCCAUGAUCUUCUUCAGGAUUCAGGAUGCAGGGAGUGGAUUCACAUUAACAAUAAAGAAGCAGCCUAAUCUUUUCCCUUGCAAUAUCAUCUCCCAGACUCCUAGUGGAAGGUUUACAAUGAUUGUUCCUCAUCAGCAUCGGAACUGCAGUUUUUCCAUUAUCUACCCAACAUUGAUAAAAAUAUCUGAUCUUAACCUGGGGCAUCUGAAGGGCUUUCGCUUGAAGAAACCAACUGCAGGUUGCAGAGGCACUGGAGAUUUUAUGGAGUUGCUGGGAGGAAAUGGGUUAGACCCUUCUAAGAUGCUUCCAUUGGCUGAUCUUUGCCAUUCUUUUAGUGGCCCUGCUCAAAUGAAGAUUGACUGUGACAACACUGUACUGCGGUUAGUCUCAAGUGGAAAGCAUAUCAAUCAAGUAACCUUUGAAUACUACCAGUUGGAUCAAUAUGAACAGGAAAAGAACAGCCUCAAUGAAUUUUGUCUUUCAAGCAUUUGAAAGAUCGGACAAGUCUCUCGUCCUGGAAUGUAUUAAUUUUGAGCAGCUAAAUUGGUGAAACACUUCUGCCGUUUAAGCACUUUUCAUAUAAAAUCAUUAUUUCCAUGAACAUGAUUAGAACAGUAUUACUCAUAGCAUUUUCAAUACAUUGUCUUUUUCCUGUCUUUAAGAGUAUUUAAUAUAUCCAAAACAUGCAAAUCUGUACAGAUUCCAAAAGCUGUCUUUAGGCAUACUUGCAUCCAUUGAUUCCAAAUGUGAUAUGUUGUUGCUGCAUCAGGGUGCCUUUUUUGAAGGGCCACAAAUGUUCAAAUACAUGCACAAUUUUUUGAAAUCAGAGUGUAUGUACUUAUUUUAGAACAUUGCUAAAUUCAAUUUGCAGUUUACCCUCUUUAGGUGUCAAAUAUAAAAAGACUCACAUAGAGAGAAAUGACAUUUCAAUUUUAUAAGAGAAUACCACAGUGCACAAAUUUAAUUGCCAGUUAGUUUAUUUAAACAAAUGUAUAUUCAGUU